AUGCCUCCAAGAAAGAAGACCAGAAGCAACAACAUAACUUCCCAGGAUGGGCCAAGCCAUGCUGACUCAGAGUCAAGGCAACAUGCCUCUUCUAGAGAAGAAGAACGUGCAAGUGAGGGAACUUUUACCCUCACAGAUCUUGUUGCAGCCAUUCGUGCUAUGGGUGAGACCCAGAGGGAGAUGGCAGAGAUGAUAAAAGAACUCAAAAAUUCGGCUCCAAAGCCAAGUGAAGUGAAUGAGAAGCACCCACAGGAGGAAUCUGCUGCUGCCGGAAAGGAGUCUGAGCAGAAGGGACCAUCUUUUGUCACUCAGGAGGACGUUGUUGCCAUGCUGGAAAAGGAGCUGAGCCGAAGUCAGGAAGAUUGGAAAUAUCUUCCUCAGCCGCCGUAUCCGUCAAGCUUACUCCAGCAGCCAUAUCCUAAAGGCUAUGAAGCACCGACCUUUGUCCUCUUUGAUGGACGAAAGGGGAGCCCGAAGGAGCAUGUCAAUCGCUUCAUCGAUGCCUUGGGACCGUAUGCUGGUGAUCAUAAUCUUCGACUUAGAGAAUUUUCAAAGAGUCUCACCGAUCGUGCUUACACAUGGUAUACAACGUUGGCACCAGGCUCUAUUCAUUCCUGGGAAAGUCUGGCAAGCAGGUUCUGUAAGAAGUAUUUCCAGCAUGAAGAACGAGUCACCACCACUCAACUCAACAACACUCGCCAAAAGCAUGGUGAGGAUCCCGUGGACUUUGUACGCAGGUUCCGGGACCUGGCAUUGGAUUGCUAUGAUGAGAAAGACGAGGAGGCGCUUGUUGAAAUUUGCAUCAGCAAUAUCGUGGCAGAUUAUAGAGUGUAUUUGGAGAAUAUUGGCAUUAGUCAACUUUCUCGGCUGCUGGAAGCUGUGAGGAAGACGAGCAUGUCCGUCAAGCCACCAGGACAAAGGACUUGGAGGAAUGAGAAGAAGGAAGCGCAUCAGACAUUAGCAAUAGAUGACAAGCCAUCCAACGACUACAAUUCAUGCAAACGGAAGGAUAGAGAGACGUAUCCACCACUGCCAUGCAAUGAUGAAGAAUUUCAUGCUAUCCUUGACACAAUGAUUGCUGAUGGCGUAAUCAAACCUGUCAGACCCUACAAGGUGCCUACUCGAGAGGAAAAGAAUGAUCCUAGGUACUGCCGUUAUCAUCAAUUUGUGGGGCAUCCAACCACUGCCUGUCAGAGUCUGAGGAGGAUUUUACACGCCAAAAUACAUGAGGGAGUCCUUGAACUUCCCUCUAGGAAGCAAACGAUUGAUGAAGACCCCUUGCCAAAACGAAGGGGAAAGGAGGUAGCCGCUGUCAUUACAUGUUCUGAUGAUUUGCUUGAUGAUGAUGAAUUGUGCCACCCUUGGAGGAAUGACCCAAAGCCGCCGGAAGCCGUAUGGGAACCUUGCGGAAACAUGGAAAAGGCAUAUUGGUGUAAAUAUUCGAGGCCUUCAAGUUACAACACACCAUGGCCACUCGCUGAUGGAUGGGGUGACAACUCAGGCAGCGAAAUUUUUGUUUUGGACAUGCCGGAAGAACGCUACUCGGGGGCUUUAUCGGAGCAGCAGGAAGCAGCUGCCGUGACAUUUCAUAAUAUCACGGAAGCUGAAACAAGUGUGAUGGAACGUUAUUUAAGCAUGAAACAGGGGCCCACAGCUUCACAGGUCCUUCAAAGAAACCCAAAGUUCAAAUCACUCUUUGACCAACUUGGCUUCGGGCCUCAAGCAAGAGAAGCAGCUGCUGUAGCCCUGAUGAAUAUCUCUGAGGAGUCUAAUUCUCAAUGCUUUACAACUCAACCACAAGGGUCAUUCUUGGGAAAUGACAAUGCUAUUGUCUUUACGGACGAAGACAUGGAAGUUCCAUACCCGGACCAUAGGAGGCCGCUUUACUUGGAGGGACAAAUCAAUGAUGUGUUCAUAAGGAGAGCUUUGGUGGACACGGGUUCCUCUGUCAACAUAUUACCUCUGUCUGUGCUUACGGCAGCUGGUAUCCCAUUGUCCAAAAUUGUCCAAUCACAAACAAACAUCAGUGGUUUCGGGAAUAAGAGUGAGGUCACAGUCGGGCAUCUACAAGUACAUUUGAAGGUUGGGCCAAUUCGGUCACUUACUAAGUUCUAUGUUGUGGAUGUGGAUGUGGCUUACCAUGCUUUGCUUGGAAGGCCAUGGCUCAACAAGCAUAAGCUUGUGGUCUCUACCUAUCAUCAAUGCGUAAAAGGAAGGAUUGGGCUGAGGCCGCUACGCAUACCUGGAAACCAAGCACCUUUCAACAAAGAUGAAGCUCACUACUCUGAGGCGGAAUUCUACACUGAAUGCACAGGUGCUGGAAGCAAUCCAUCCAAGGAUUUCGGGACCUACCUUCCUUCGUGGACUGAAAUUCGUGAUUUAAGCAAUGAGGAGCUCAUCACCAUUGUUGAUCGAGAGAGAAAGAGGCACUCGGAAGUCAACAACCAUGCCUAUGAUCAUCCCCAAUGCUCAAAGGUGACGCUGCCCGAUGGACGUAUCGUUUACCGCUUAUGA